CUCAACUGCCCACUCAGCACACUCAAAUCUUUCAUCGCCUUCUUCACGAGAAUCUUCUGAUAAAAUUCUCAAGAAACCUAAUUUCUUCAGAUCUUCUCAAAUUUCUGAGAAAAUGAAGAUUGUUGGCGCUAAUGUCCAGUUCCACAAGUUAGAAGCCAAGUGCUCAUCACCGACAUUCUUUCAAAGCUAUCUGAAAAUGAUAGCCGCUCAAGAACUCUCCAAAUUUCUUCAAAUGGAGAUUCGCCUCAAAUUCGAGGAAGAAGUUCUUGAAUUCUACAGAAAUGGAGAGGUCAAAACUGAUCAUUCAAAGAAGAACCCACAGAGGACAUUUCCAGUCAUCAAGUCCACUGUUGGAGGCACAAAAGUGAAGCUUUCACAAAAGAAAUUGGGAGAAAAGCUUCGCCUUCCCAAUUCUGGAGUUGAAGUUGGGAAAUUUCCAGUCAAAAAUCUGGACGGGAACAUCAUUGGAAUCUCUGGGCAAGUUCCUUUUGGCCCUGCGAAGAAAGCAGAUCUAAACAACGAUUACAAGUUGGUUUUGGAACUGGUCAUCGCUUGCCUCGAGUGUGGAAGUGGAGGUCAUGCCGAUGACAUCACCCAGGAGAGAGCCUUCAUCAUCAACUCUAUCAUUACCAAAACUAAGGUAAACUGGGCUGCACACUUUUUCAAAUCCAUUUCCAAACAUCUAGGAAAGCACAAUCAGAAGUAUCUCUGUCAAGGUCUGUAUAUUGGACAUAUUUUGGAAUCUAUGGGCGCUGUAGUUAAAGGGAAAAAGUAUGAAGCCAGAUACUGGCUAUACUACUUAUCCUCCAAAGGAGAAAACAGAGCAAGUGCUAGUGCCACUGCAGAAGAAAGCUCAUCAGACAAUGUUCCACUCAUCAAUUUCGCAAAGACUGCCAAGAGAAAGCAUGUGGUGUCUCCCUCUCCAAGUGUUGAAACAUCACAGAAUCUUGAUCCAAUAAAUCUUGAAGAAGAAGAAGAAUCCUCUGACCAAGGAGAACUACAAAGGAAAAAGAAGAGGAAGAUCAACUCUCCAUCAACAUCUGGAAAUGUCAAUCCGGAUGAGUUGAAGGAGAAGGAACCUGCUGAGGAAACCUCUGCUCAAAACCGGAGCCCUCAACAACUUGAAGAAGAAAUUCCUCAAGUCCAAAGCCUUCCAACCUCAUCACCUCAACCUCAAAUAGAUGAUGCAGAUAACCAAUUCUGGCAGCUCUACUAUGGGGGUAGGUCAACUCUCUUACAAGUUGAUCUUGCAAGUCCUAUUAUUCGGAUCUUGCAGUUGUUGAAGAAGCUUGACCUUCGAAGGAACAACAAAGCCAGCACGAGUGCAGUAGCAACAUUGGUCUUGUGAAGAUAUACCGUGCAGAAAUUCACACAAGUGUAACUGUUGGUUCAUUAUUCAACAACCAACUACAUAGUGGAUUUUGAGGACGUAGAAGGAUUACCCCACCUUCGAACCUCGUUAAAGUUUGCGUGUCUCUCUCUCUUAUCUUUAUUCUUACUUGCAAUUAUAUUAACUGUGAAAACUAACCUAUCCAUAUUAAUUACUGCUCACUCCACCCACCAAAUUCCGCACACAAUCUAAAGUUCACAAGGACUCUAGAUUAACACUCAUUUUCUCAUUUUCAAAAGAAACGAAAAAGAUUUUA